AUGGUUUUGCACAACGAUAAGUGGAAGUGGAAGAACAAGCGCAAGCAUUUGAAAAAGGUGGGCGAGGCGCAGCAGAGCGACGAGUCCAGUGGACAAUCGAGCGAGGACGAGCUCAUCACCAACGAGUGGCGGUUUGAGGAGCUGAAGCCCGUACAGCAUCCUAAAGACGAGGAGCAGAUAGCAUUGGAGCGGGAGCAGAGACAGAUGGAGUUGGAGCGGGACGAGGCCCACACGCGGCUGGUUCUGGAGAAACUGAAGCUGGCUGCACCUGAAAUCAGCACAUCUGGCAAAGAGAAGGACGCGAAAAAGAUGACCAAGCAGGAGCUGCUAAAUUGGAGUUUGGAGCACCAGGGCGACUCUGAGCCUGAUACAGCAGCUCGCAGCAUCCGCACACUGAGCGAGGGCGAAAAGGCCCGCUUCUACGAGCUGCAGGAGCGCAUAGAGCGGCAGAAAAUGGUGACGUCCAUGAAAAAGAAGUUUGCUGCCACAGGACGAACAAAGGUGCUGGAGCUGUCCAAAGUGGACGACGACAACUACAAGGCCGUGAAUGCGCGGCGGCUCGAAGAGUCCGCGAAGAAGCCCAAGGACGGCGAGUUCGAGGACAGUUUGGCAGAUCUGCUGGGAGACCGGACAAUUCUGGCUCAGGAUUCUGAGGCGAAACCAGCACCCAGAGCAGACAAGAAGAUGUCAAACCGAGGCCCGUCGUUCAAGCUCGACUCUACGCCAGCCGAAGACGAGUUUUUGGACCGUCUGCUUGGAUGA